AUGGCUUUAGCCCUGCCUCUAACUUGCUGUCCUGACCCUCCCCAGGAAAUCAGUGAUCCAGAGAUCCUGGACCUGGUCCACAGUGCCCUUGGCAGGAUGACGGUGGUUCGGCAAAUCUUCCCAUCUGCAAAGGACAAUCAGAAAUGUAUGAGGAACAACCACCGUAUCUCCUCCCUGCUCUGUGACCCUCAGGAAGGCUACCUCCAGAUGCUACAGAUCUCCAACCUCUACCUGUACGACAGUGUUCUGAUGCUGGCCAACGCCUUUCACAGGAAGCUGGAGGACCGGAAGUGGCACAGCAUGGCAAGUCUCAACUGCAUACGGAAGUCCACAAAGCCUUGGAAUGGAGGGAGAUCCAUGCUGGACACGAUUAAAAAGGGCCACAUCACUGGUCUCACUGGGGUGAUGGAGUUUCGGGAGGACAGCUCCAAUCCCUACGUCCAGUUUGAAAUCCUUGGCACAACCUAUAGUGAGACCUUUGGCAAAGACAUGCGCAAGAUGGAAGUUGCAGAUAACUACUUGUUGAACGGAGGGGUCAGUCAGUGUAAUGACACUGUAGCACUUGACAGUGAGGACACUCUCAUGUGGCAUGGGGUAUCAGCUGUGGGCUGUAUAUCUUCUCUGAGCAUACCUACCUUAGACCUCAGAAGAGCAAAGAGUCACAGGCAGGCCUAG